AUGAAGGUCAUUACUGCCAAUUUCGUGACCUGCGCGGUGAAGGAGUGCAAGACCUCCGCUGCAUCAUUCCCGUUGCACUUUCACGAUGCAGAGCUCGAGAUGUCGGAACUUGAUUUCCAACCAGAAUUUAUUCGGAAUGUGGUUCCCCGCAUUGACUGGGAAGCCCUGCGAGUAACAGCAAAUGAGCUUGGAUUCCCUACUCUCCCCGAAACCAAGCCCGAGGGCGAUGCACUCAAUGACGAACAGACCCUCAAAGAUUUACAUCGGUUGCUAUUGGAAACACAGGUUAUGGAAGGAAAGCUAAAAUGCGGGAACUGUGGACAUGAAUACAUGAUCAAGGAGGGAAUUGCCAAUUUCCUGCUCCCAAGUCACCUAGUUUGA